AAACCCUCAUUUCCACCAGUUUCUCUUCAAACAAUUUCUCGAUUUCUCUCCUAGGGUUUUAGAGAGAUGGCGACCCAUUUCUCUAAGCUCGCCACUGCCAAAACCCUAACCGCCCUUCUCUCCCGCUCCUUUUGUUCUCUCUCUUUCGCUUCUCAUCCGCUCAAGUCCUCUCCUUCUCUCUCCCUGUCUGUCUUCAACCGCCUUCGCCCUUUGGCCGCCGUCAACAUCGGCCGCUUUGUCACCAUCGCUUCUCCCGCUCGCGGCUUGGCCACACGCGCCACCUCGUCCUCGCUCAAUGAUCCUAAUCCCAACUGGUCGAACCGGCCUCCCAAAGAAACGAUUCUGCUUGAUGGGUGUGACUUUGAGCACUGGCUUGUGGUUAUGGAGCCGCCUGAAGGAAAUCCGACUAGGGAUGAGAUUAUUGAUAGCUAUAUCAAAACCCUAGCCAUGGUCAUCGGCAGUGAAGAAGAAGCAAGGAUGAAGAUCUAUUCAGUUUCAACUCGGUGCUAUUUUGCAUUUGGGGCCUUGGUUUCUGAGGAGCUCUCAUACAAGAUCAAAGAAUUGCCUCGAGUUCGAUGGGUUCUCCCAGAUUCAUAUUUGGAUGUUAAGAAUAAAGACUAUGGAGGGGAACCUUUCAUUAAUGGACAAGCAGUUCCUUAUGACCCGAAGUAUCACGAAGAAUGGAUCAGGAACAAUGCUCGAGCAAAUGAGCGAAAUCGGCGGAAUGAUAGACCUCGUAACUUUGAUAGAUCAAGAAACUUCGAGAGAAGAAGGGAGAACAUGCAGAAUCGAGAUUUUCAGAACCAGGGCAUGAUGAACUCCGCACCCAACAGCGCCAUGCCUCCUUCCAACAGCAUGGCUCCUCCCAACAACAUGCCUUCUCCCAACAUGCCUCCUUCCAACAACAUGGCUCCUCCCAACAACAUGCCUCCCAACAGUGUGGGGAGAAUGCCACCUAGCAACAUGGGAGGACCACCUAACAAUUAUGGAGGAAUGUCGCCACCAAACAACUAUGGCGGAGUGCCGCCAGCAAACAGCUAUGGAGGAGUGCCACCAGCAAACAGCUAUGGAGGAGUGCCACCAGCCAACAGCUAUGGAGGAUUGCCACCAGCCAACAACUAUGGAGGAGUGCCCCCGGCCAACAACUAUGGAGGAGUGCCCCCGGCCAACAACUAUGGAGGAAUGCCACCCCAGCCUAACAACACUGGCAAUAUGGGAGGAAUGCCACCAAAUGCAGGAGGAUGGUCCAGUAACAUGCCGGGGAGUGUACAUCAGAAUGCUGGUCCUGCCUACCGUAAUGGUCCAAACACACAGUUCCAGAACAGCUACAACCCAGGUGACAAUACAAACAUGCCGGGUGGAAACCUGCAUCAGCAUUGAGAAUCUGCCCACAGGAGUAUUUUUCCAUCCACCAAGCUGAGACCUUUUUGGGGUAUUGUAGAUAACUAAGUCUGGACUUAAGUUUUAAUAUUAUUUGUUUUCUGGUUUUUCUGAACAUGUUAAAGAAUCAUUGUUGCUAUUUGCCUUGGCAGACUUUUUACUGAAUGUAAGACUUGGUUUAUGCUAUCAGGGUAGUGAUAACUGGUUUCCCCAUCUUAGACAACUACUUAAUAAAUGCAUUUGAUUAUGGUGCC